AUGUCAGAAUCCUUCACGGCAAAGCAAGUCUCCGAGCACAACACCGUCGACAACGGCCUGUACAUCAUCAUCGACAGCGGCGUGUACGCGCUCAAGGACUUCGUCGACGAGCACCCGGGCGGCGCCAAGAUCCUCAAAAGGGUCGGGGGCAAGGACGCUAGCAAGCAGUUCUGGAAGUAUCAUAAUGAGAGCGUGUUGAAGAAGUACGGCCCUAAGCUUAAGGUCGGGGAUGUUAAGGAGGAGGCGAAGCUGUAG